AUGCGAAAGUCUCGCUCCACAUCGCACCCGACCCCAAGGGCCUCCUCCGUCCGUGGUGGAGGCCCAAAACCAAACAAGAACAACAGUAGACCCGCAGUCUGGAAGGAGUUGGAGGCUUGGAAGCUCACCUCGUAUGGGCCAUGGACUGAGGCAUUAGUCAAGAAAAGUCUUCGAUUUCAUGUGGACGAAGCCCGGUACAAAUCUGCAAACGGAGAUUACCGAUCCGUCGUUAAGCUUGAGGUACUGGAUGAGGACAAUCACGAGUUCGAUGCCUCGGGAGUCCUCAUAGGACUCGACCUAGUUCUUACCGCGGCACAUAACGUUCGAAAUUCUGGCGGAGAGAACAAUGUCUCUCGAGCAGUAUCUAUCAAGGCGUACAUUGGAUACCACCGUCAAGGCUCCUCGUUCAAAGGAACUGGUGUUCAACAGCGUUUCGGAACAACCGCCAUAGUGCUUCAAGAAUGGAAACGCUCUGGAUUCGCUUCGCAAAACGACAUGGCUUUAAUCAAGCUCGAAAACAAGUUCACGCAGAUCACACCAGCUUUGUACCAGGCGCCAUCAUUACCGGUACAGACAAGAGUGCUCGUCGUAGGCUAUCCUGGCGAAAACAAAAAGCAAGUCCGCGGUUCAUGUCCACAUUGUCAGACAGCUGGAUGCAUGUACGAAGUGGUGGGCGAGGCUAAGCAGGCGACCGAAAAGCUGUUAGAGUAUAAGCUAUCGACCCUACCCACACCGGCGCCGUCCUCGAUCGAGUAG